GUUUUACAGAACAGGAGACAGUAACUGGGUUGUUUUCCAAGGAUUGCAUCCUCCCUUGUCCUUUCCCACCGGGGCAUGAUGAAGUAAUUUACUGGAAGAAAGGAAACAAAAAUGUGCACAGCUACUACUACCAGAGGGAUCAGCUGGAAAAGCAAGACCCGGAUUACAGAAACAGAACACAGCUUUUCCAUGAGAACAUUCCUAGUGGAAAUGCCUCCUUGAAACUUACUAACUUGACUGUAACUGAUGAGGGCUCUUAUAAUUGCUAUGUGGGAACACAAGAAACUAAAACAGAAGAAGAAGUCACACUGCACAUAAGAGGCGAAGUGUCUAAUGUGGAAGGAAAUAGCACUGCAAUUCCUUGUGAAUACAACAAUAACACUACAAACACCAAAGGUUUCAGUGUUGUCUGGACAUUAAACAGAAAUGCACUGAUCUCAACCCUGGCCUCCUUCAACGGUACAUUUCACUCCUACCAGCCUCAAGUCCAGAUUAACCAAAGUGACUUUUCACUGAUGUUGCAUAAUCUUACUGCAGACUACAGUGGAGAAUAUCUGUGUAAUGUUUCAACACCUCACUACACAAAACUUACUGUGAGAACUUUGCAAGUUGGUAACACCUCGAAGAUUGCGGUAGGAGUGAUUGCUGCACUGGUAGCAGGAGUAGUGAUCAUUGCAGUGGUAGCAGGAGUGUGUGUCUAUGCCUUGUCCAAGGCUGGCUCUGUCUUACAGUAUUCUGUCUCCUUCCUCUGCAUUUGUGGCGAGUAUCCUUAA